GUCGGACCACGCUUAAUCUUCGUACGUGCACCGCGAAGAGAGGACGAGAAAACGCCGGUCGUGUUCGGUCCGGUUGUGUUCGGUGCUUCUUUCGCUUUUGCGGGAGUAUAGACUGCGGUGCGUUUGUCGUUGCGGAGGAGCGCGACCCGGCUCUUUGGCGGGCGGCUCUUUUUAUUACUUUAUUACUUUUUUUAAGACUUCUUCUCGUUUUAAAUCAAUUCAGUUUCGUGUUCAUUUCAUACAGGACCUUAUAAUUACUUCUUGUUUUAACUGAAGGAGGAUGGGAUUAUUCUUCGGCAAACCCAAUAUGUCGCCGCUACUCAUUCUUCUCGUCUACCUCACAUUAUCAUCACAUGCUAAAAGUCAUCACGUUCGACAUCAUAGAGAUCGAUUUAAACGACAACAAGGUGGUCAGCUUUAUCUACCAGGAAGCUAUGUAACCGAUAAUGAUGAACCAGAUGCCGGUCCUUGGCUGGACUGGUCAUCGCCUAGUCCGUGCACCAGGACAUGCGGAGGUGGUGUAUCUACGCAAGAGAGGCAAUGCACUUCAGGGUACUCGUGUAGGGGUCCGAUGAAGAGACAUUUCUCAUGUAACACGCAGGAUUGUCCAGAUUUAGCAGAUUUUAGGUCACAGCAAUGUUCGGAAUACGAUGCGAUACCAUUUGAAGAUGUCUAUUAUCAAUGGGUCCCUUAUACAAAAUCUCCACAACCUUGUGAAUUAAAUUGUAUGCCACGAGGUGAAAGAUUCUACUACAGACACAAAUUACAAGUAAUUGAUGGUACGAGGUGUAAUGAUGAAUCCUUAGACGUGUGCGUGGACGGAGAGUGUCAGCCUGUUGGUUGCGACAUGAUGCUUGGGUCCAGCGCGAAAGAAGACAAGUGUAGAGUGUGCGGAGGCGACGGCAGCACCUGUAAUACCUUUACUGAUUUAUUGGAUAUGCAAGAUUUGCAGGCUGGUUAUAACGAUAUCUUAUUGAUACCAGCGGGUGCUGUAAACAUCAAAGUAAGGGAAAUCGCGCCGUCAGACAGCUACUUGGCUGUCCGAAACACAUCUGGAUAUUACUAUUUAAAUGGCAACUGGAGGAUUGAUUUUCCCAGGACUAUAGAUUUUGCCGGAUCAAAAUUUCAUUACGAUCGUUAUCCUCAAGGUUUCAGUGCUCCCGAUAGCAUUACAUGUUUAGGACCCACUGAAGAAGCGUUAUUCAUAGUUCUUUUAUUUAAUCAAAAAGAUAAUGUAGGUGUUGAAUACGAAUAUAGUACACCGAAAACAAUUCAUCAUUUAGAAGAUCCAGAAACUUAUGCUUGGACAUUUGAUCAAUUUACAACAUGCUCUGCAUCUUGUGGUGGAGGAUAUCAAUACAGAAAUGUUACGUGUGCUGGAAGAAUGUCUCUUGAAGAAGCCAGCGCCAAUUUAUGCGAUGUCAACAACAAACCCGUUGAAUCUCAAAGAUGCGGCGAAUCUCCUUGCGAUCCAAUGUGGGUAGCAAAAGAUUGGGAAAAAUGUUCAGAAUCCUGCGGAGAAAAUGGUGUUCAAACCAGAAAAAUAUAUUGCGAACAAAUUAUCUCCGGCGGUGUUCCUAGUAUCGUUGAUGACCAACAAUGUACUAACAUUCAAAAACCGCCUUCACAACAACCCUGUAAUCAAGGAGUGAUUUGCGCAGAAUGGCACACAGGACCGUGGAAACCAUGUAACAAAUUGUGUGGUAAAGGCAAAGAAACCAGAAAAGUAACCUGCUUCCGUAAAGAAUCAGACAAAAUCAUAGCUUUACCAGAUUCCGACUGUACUAUGACUGAAAAACCAGUAACAGAAAAAGAAUGCAUGCUUCGUCCUUGUGAAGGAGUUGAUUGGGUUACUUCUGAAUGGUCCGGGUGUGAAGAUAAAUGCGGUUUAAGUGAAGAAACGCGAUUUGUAAAAUGUGCAACUGCAAGCGGAGAUGUUUACGAAGAUAAACUUUGCGAAGAAACCGAAAUAAAGCCGGCGGCUACGAGAAAAUGCGAAAAACAAGCCAAAGGUUGCGAAUUUGAAUGGCACGCAUCUCAAUGGAGUGAUUGUUCGGCGAAAUGCGGUGGUGGAAUCCAAACCAGGAAAGUGGUUUGUGUACAAGAAACCGACGACGGAUUUAAAAAAGUCGACCCCAACAACUGCGAUGAAGGAAAGAAGUACGACGAAAGUAAAAAUUGCACAGCUAAAGAAACUGUGUGUCCAGGCGAAUGGUUUACUGGGCCUUGGACUGAGUGUUCUGAGAAGUGUGGAGGUGGUGUAAAAGCAAGAAAAGUCAUUUGCAUGCACGGGGAAACAGUGGUAACUAUUAAAGAUUGCGAUGUAGAUGCCACACCGCUUAGUACUGAAGAAUGUAAUAAACAAUUAUGUGAUAAACAACAACCAUCAAGUAGUUCCACGGAAGGAAUAGAAAUUUCUGAAGCUCCAGCUGAAUUAUCGACCCUCCCAGAAAAAGAACCCACAGAUAGAGAUGUUGAACUUGUCGAAGACGACUACGAAUUAGUAGAUGACGAUAUUUGCGAGGAUGGGGAAUUUGUAAUGAUUGAUGAUAAAGAAAAAUACAUAGAAAUUGGAGUAGCUGUUGAAUCGCACGUAGAAACGAAAGAAGCCACUCUCUCCUCAGAUUAUAUAAUGAUGAGUGACUCCACUUACGUAAGCCAUUCUUCAUUUAGUACAGAUUAUGGUUCUGGUGAUUAUGAAUACACAAAGUCAACAACCGGAGAUUUAGGAUCGACAGCUUUCGAUACAAGCAUAUCUGAAGGUUCUGGAGAUGACACAACUUACUUUAAAUCUUCUGCAGGAUUCACCGGUACAACAGAAUUUGAAGGAAGCGGUAGCGUAUUUACGGAUGUUAGCGAAGCAUUGACGACAACUCUUAGUUGGGAAAUCACGACCGUUGAACCAGAGGGCGUUUCUGAAAUCAGCACGGAAAAAGAAACCAUUUUGUCGACUAUUGAUGAAGCUGAAACCACCACGACUCAUGAAGUAACCGCUAUGACUCAAGAAAGCACCAAAGAAACUGAUGUAAGCCAUGAAGAUGAUACAACGUCUGUGAAAUCAACUGAUGGAACAACGACUUUAAAAUCAACUGAUGGAACAACGACUCUAAAAUCAACUGAUGGAACAACAACUUUAAAAUCAACAGAUGAAACCACGCCUUUAAAAUCAACAGAUGAAACCACUACUCUUAAAUCAACUGAUGCGACGACAACAAUCAAAGAUAGUGAGGAAGAAACAACGUUAUCAAGUAUAAGUGAAUCUGAAACGACAGAAGGAAUUACUGAAACAACAACAAUUGAAGUAACACAACCAACUGACGUAACAACUACAGAAGUGGAAUCCACGACACAUGAAACGGAACAAACGACGGAAAAAGAGAUAACAACUACAUCAAAAACAGAUUCUACCACUCCAAUAGAAGAAGAAACUGAUGAUAAUAUACCAGUUGAAGUCGACCCAGAAGACAUUACAGAAGACACUCCAAAAACAACUGUAUCUGAAAAAGAACUUGAAACAUCGACUGCUAUGUCGGAGAUUCCUACCUCUACAGAUUCAGAUUUAACAAAAGCAACAGAAACAGAAACGACCAUCAUAGAAACAACGGGAACAACAGAUCACGCUCAAACAACAGUAAGUGAAGCAACUCUUAAAGAAUCUGAAAGUACAUUAGGAUCGACCGAAAGUACAACUCCUCAAACAAAAGAAACUGAAACAACCCUUAAAGAAUCAGAAACUUCGUUAGGAUCAACUGAAAGUGUCCCUACUGAAACGUCAUCAGAUAAAGUAACUUCAGAAGAAGAUGUAACUGAUAAAACAGUAACAACUGAGUCAGUGGGUACAGAAACGAGCGUUACAUCUGUAGUUGAAGGAACUGAUAAGACCGGAAAAACUGAAGAAAGUUCCACUGUUGAUACUGAUAAAACAACGAUUGAAACGGAUGGGUCUGAAGUUACAAAAGAAUCAAUAGGUACUGAUGUUACUGAAGAGUUGCCGAGUACCACCACAAUCACAACUGAAAUUCCAAUUGUGGCAACCACAGCUAUGCCUCGUUCCACUAAACCAGGAAUUGACGAAAUCUUCCCAACCAAACCCAAACAAAAAAUGUGCAAGAGAAGGAAGAAGUCUCAUUGUAAAGAAACUGAAUUUGGAUGUUGUUCUGAUAAAGUUACUGCUGCUAAAGGACCGUUUAAUCAAGGUUGUCCAACUCAUGAAACGUGCAAUGAAACUAAAUACGGUUGUUGUGAAGAUGGUGUUUCUCCAGCUGAAGGAAAAGGAUUCAAAGGUUGUCCUGAUUCCCAAUGCAGUGAGACCCUAUUUGGUUGUUGUCCGGAUAAUAGAACUCCAGCCGAAGGAAACGACAAUGAAGGAUGUCCACCUUUAUGUGCAUCAUCACCGUUUGGUUGUUGCAAAGAUAAUACAACGCAAGCAACGGGUCCUAAUGAAAAAGGUUGUCCCGAAGAAAAAGAAGAUAAAGAAGUCACAGAUCCUCUUUCAACAACGGAAAGUCUCAGCACCGAGACUACGGAAGAAUCCGUCGAUUGUAACAUUUCCGAAUUUGGUUGUUGUCCAGAUGGAGUUAAAAUCGCUCAAGGAGAAAACUUUAAAGGAUGCGAUAUCUUUAAAGACGAUUGUAAUGAAUCUCUAUAUAAAUGUUGCCCUGACGGAGUUACUUCAGCUCGAGGUCCAAAUUAUAAAGGUUGCGAAACCGAAUGUUCUAAAUCUACAUUCGGAUGUUGCCAAGAUGGUAUCACUCCAGCUCACGGUUAUCUUGAAGAAGGGUGUUGCCUUUCCUCUGCUUACGGUUGUUGUCCAGAUAAUAUUAAAGAAGCCCAAGGACCCAACUUCCGUGGAUGCAGUUGUCAAAAUUCUCCGUAUGGUUGUUGUCCCGACAACACCACAUCCGCUAAAGGACCCGACAAUACCGGAUGCGGUUGCCAAUAUACUCCUCAUGGUUGUUGUCCUGACAAUUAUACUCCUGCUACUGGAGCUAACUUUACAGGAUGUCUCUGCCACACUUAUCAAUUCGGUUGCUGCGCAGAUGGUGUCACCAUCGCCCAAGGAAUGUAUCAGCAAGGUUGUGGUUGUAAAGAUACUGAAUUCGGUUGUUGCUCCGAUGAUGAAACUCCUGCGGAAGGACCUAACUUCGAAGGAUGCAAUUGUGCAUCCUCUAAGUUUGGUUGUUGUUUAGAUGGGGUUAGUGAAGCCCAAGGAGAAAACUUUGACGGUUGUAAAGAAAUACCAGAAAAUCUCCAAGCUAGUUGUAGUCAAGAAAAAGAAAGAGGUCCUUGCAGAAACUAUACUGUAAAAUGGUUCUAUGAUAUGCAGUACGGCGGAUGUUCAAGAUUUUGGUACGGUGGUUGUGAAGGAAACGGAAAUAGAUUCAAAGAUAAAAGCGAAUGUAACACACUUUGCGUCGAACCCAAAGGAAAAGAUCGCUGCAAACUGCCGAUGGUUGCUGGCCCAUGCGAAGGAUAUUAUCCUCAGUGGUAUUAUGACAAAGAACGAAAUCAUUGUGCGCAAUUUAUUUAUGGCGGAUGUCUUGGAAAUAAUAAUCGGUUUGAAACUGUUGAAGAAUGUAAUAAUUUAUGUGUUAAAGAUAGAAACAUUGACGCUUGUGAUCAACCUCUCGAAGAAGGCCCAUGUCGUGGUAAUUUCUACAAAUGGUACUUUAAUAAAGAAGAAUCUUCUUGUCAACCAUUUAGAUACGGUGGUUGUGAUGGAAAUAAUAACAAUUUCGAUUCUGAGUUAGCAUGUAAACAAAAAUGUGAUCAAGCAGGCCGGAAAAAAGAGCACUGCUCGCUUCCAAGAGUACAAGGUAAUUGCACAGAGCGUGUGUCCCGCUGGUACUAUGACACGGCGGAAAAACGUUGCAUGCCCUUCUAUUAUUCCGGUUGUAAUGGUAAUAAUAACAACUUUGACAGCGAGUAUCAAUGUGAAAUUGAUUGUCCAAAAGAUAUCGUUAAACACACUUGCCAUCUUCCUGCUGACCUUGGAAAUUGUAGUGACUACCGCGAACGGUGGUAUUACGAUACUACAAAGAAGGAAUGUAGAAGAUUUUAUUAUGGUGGAUGUGGGGGAAAUGGAAAUAACUUUGAAACUGAGGAAACUUGUAAGGCAAAAUGUCCUGAAGAUACUCAACCUGAAUCGACUUCAGUUGAACCAAAAGUAACCACUCAAGAACCAAGGAGUGAACAAACUGAACAUAGUGAACCAUUCCUAUCAGAAUUUUGUUUCUUACCGAAUGAAGCUGGACCGUGUCGACAAUCCGAAGCUCGGUGGUAUUAUGAUAGAGACGGAGCUUGUAAACGUUUCUUAUAUGGAGGGUGUGAAGGAAACAGGAAUAACUUUAAAACUGCCGAAGAAUGUGAACAGAAAUGUGAUAAUGUACAAGAUUUGUGUUCAUUACCAAAAGUUGUUGGGCCAUGUAACGGAGAAUACAAUCAAUGGUACUACAAUCAAAGUACAGAUAUGUGCGAACAAUUUGUUUAUGGAGGCUGUACUGGUAAUAAAAAUAGAUUUGAAGAUCAACUUUCCUGUGAACAAAGAUGCCGAAGAGGUCCUCCUACCGUCACCCAAGAACCACCCGAUGCUGGCCCAAGAGAAUCAGAUAUAGAUUUAAGCACAAUUUGUUAUAAACCUAUUGACCAAGGGUUUAGCAAUUGUACCGAUAACAUCCCUGCAUAUUAUUAUGAGGCAAGAACUGGUAAAUGUUUAGCUUUCACUUAUACCGGAUGUGGAGGAAACGCAAAUAGAUACAACACAGCAGAACAAUGUGAACGACAAUGCGGAACCUUUAGAGGACAAGAUGUGUGUAGUUUACCUAAAGAUGUAGGUCCAUGUCGUGCUCUACUUCCUAAAUUCUUCUUCGAUACGUCAAUUGGUCAAUGCGCACCGUUUUAUUAUGGUGGUUGCGAAGGAAACGGAAAUAGAUUUAGUACAGCAGAAGAGUGUCAAGCUAUUUGUGUUGCAAGGGAAGAAGAAAAACCGGAAAAACCAAGCAGCGAAAUAUGCCUCUUACCUGCCGCAAUUGGUAAUUGUCAGAACGGUGAUCAUAAGAGAUGGUUCUUUGAUGAAGCUAGAGGCGAAUGCAUGGUUUUCAUAUACAGCGGAUGUGGUGGUAACUUUAAUAGGUUUACAAGUUUGCAGGAGUGUCAGGAAACGUGUCAGGAAUAUAUGACCCCCGUCUACCAUCCUCAUCCACCAACACAUCAGGAACCAACAUCAAUGGAAAACCCAUGCCAAAUUUACACUGAUCAAUGUAAAAAGAUGGACUGUCCGUAUGGAGUUAAAGCUUAUGUUGAUGACAAUCAAUGUAAUCGUUGUAAAUGCGAUGAUCCAUGUGAAGGAUUUUUAUGUCCAGAUAGAUCCCUAUGUGUAGUUGAAGUGAAUCUACAUAAAACAGAUGGAAAUGAUGCCAACUUUAUUGGAGUAUGCAGAGAGUUUAAUAAAUCUGGCGAAUGUCCACCUAUACCACAACACACAAAUGCUUGCGACAGAGAAUGUUACACUGACGCCCAGUGUCCUUCGAUAUUGAAGUGUUGCUCGAACGGAUGUGGAACUCAAUGUAUUAGACCAAUUGAUGAUGUCACACCUCCUGCAGAACUUAAGACACCUUCUUAUCAAAUACCACCAAUCACAGAAAUUCCAUCUAUUCCAUCUCAUUAUUACCCUCCUCAAAUUAUCGAAAGUGAAUUCCAACCGGAAAUAACCGCUGGUGAAGGUGAUUACGUGAUGUUAAGAUGUGCCAUUUCUGGAAAUCCAAAUCCCACUAUUUCAUGGAAGAGAGGUGAUUUAAUGAUUGAUGGAACAGAACCAAGGUAUAGGUUAACAUUAGAUGGUGCGGCACUUCAAAUUAUUUCUCUUUACAAAACGGACUCAGGAUUGUACCUUUGUACUGCAGACAACAAAAUUGGACGGCCAUUAACAAAAGAAAUUAGACUGGUCGUUGAAGACCCAGUAGAAGGUCCCGCACGAAUUCUAGACGAUCCAAGCCUCGCCAGUGUAACAGUUACCUUAGGCUCACCAGCUACGUUAAAUUGUUACGUAUACGGCUAUCCAAGCUCUGCGGUAGCAUGGUUCAAGGAUGCCGAGCUAAUUCCAAUGAAAACGGAAGAAUUUACCAUCAACAAAGAUAGUUCAUUAUUUAUUAACGCAGUGAGAUUGCGAAAUUUAGGUAUCUACACCUGUCAGGCUUAUAAUGGAAUUGGAAAAGCAUCGACUUGGUCGGUAACCGUUCAAGCUUUGGGUCCAGUUUAUAGUACAGAUGCCAAUGAUAAGAAAUAUAUGAAAUAUGUUAUCGAUCGACCGAAAAAGCCAGACGUUACACCUCAUCCUAUGUAUCCUUUUAGACCCAAUCGACCCACUGUUGGGUUUACUCCUUCUACUUAUCGUCCUGUUCCUACCACUACUAGUAUUAUAACAACUACUACUACUACUCCAAGACCUAGACCUAGAAUAGUUCCUGUAACAGCGAACAUCACAUUAAAAGAUACGAAGUUCCCAUUAAACACCGACAUCCAUAUUCCUUGUAAUGUUGAUGGAUAUCCAUUACCGCACGUUCAGUGGUACAAAGAUGGAGGGCCGAUUUAUCCGAACGAUCGUAUUGAAAUAACGGCGAAUUAUCGAUUGAUUAUAAGAAAAGCAACGGAAUCGGAUAGUGGUGAAUACCGAUGCGAGGCGAAAAAUGAGCAUAGUUCAGCAACAAGUACAACUCCCGUUUUAAUUAGAGGUCAACUGAUUCCAGCAAAUUGCACAGAUAACGCAUUCUUUGCCAAUUGUAAACUGAUUGUGACGGGAAAAUUCUGCAACCAUGCCUAUUAUGCGAAAUUCUGUUGUAAAUCUUGUACGGAAGCGGGUCAAUUGAAUGAGCUACAAGGCGACCAACCUGCAUCUCUUAUAGAUAGCAAUUUAGUUUAACGGAGAAUGAUUAAAAAACCCUAGUCCGAAUGAUAAAGCUAUGAUUUGCCAUCAUUAACAGAACUAAGUAAAAGCCCCAAGAAUCUAUUUUUAUAAGAUUGUUACCUAUAGUCCUCUUUUUUGUUCUUUUUGUAAGUCAAUCAUCGUCAACGGAUGUAAAUCGCGACACUUUGUAAUAUAGAUAUUUAAUUAUAACUGAUAUUGUAAUUGUAGUAAUUUUGUCCUGUGUAAGUUCACAAUGACCCGCUAUUAUGUCUGUGCAAUCAAUCUAAGCGAAUCAUGUAUAUAUAUUCUAUUAUUAUUUGAAACAAUAAAGAUUAAACUGUAUAAAAAAUGUGUGUUCAGGUAUACGUCGUUAUUAAUACAUUGUAUUAUUUAAAAUUAUAUAAAAGAAAACAAUAAGCUGUGUUUUAUCAA